UGUCGCACGUGGCCGACCGCAAGCGUGAAUUUCGAAGAAUUUUGCGUUUUGUUGUGCGUCGUUCGGACGUUCUAUUACUCCGGUUAAAAUGGUUCGCAAGAAGAUAGACAAUCGGAUACGGGUUUUGAUAGAGAAUGGCGUUACCACGGGACACAGGACGAUGUUCGUCGUCGUCGGCGAGAAAGCGAGGGACCAGGUAGUGUUGUUGCAUCAUAUGUUAUCCAAGACUGUUGUCAAAGCUAGACCUUCCGUGCUGUGGUGCUACAAAAAGGACCUAGGUUUUAGUAGCCACCGAAAGAAACGAAUGAAAUCGUUGCAAAAGAAAAUCAAGUCAGGUAAAUUGGACGUUAACGAGGACGAUCCGUUCGAGUUGUUUGUCAUUUCGACCAAUAUUCGUUAUUGUUACUAUAACGAGACGCAUAAGAUAUUAGGUAACACAUAUGGCAUGUGUAUAUUACAGGAUUUUGAAGCGAUUACGCCAAACUUAUUGGCACGUACCAUUGAAACGGUGGAGGGCGGUGGAAUCAUUGUAUUUUUGCUGCAAUCUGUGAACUCCUUGAAGCAGUUGUACACGAUGAAUAUGGACGUUCAUCAGAGAUUUCGCACGGAAGCUCAUAAGGAUGUAGUAUGCCGAUUUAACGAGAGGUUUUUGCUGUCGCUGGCUUCGUGCACUCGAUGUUUGGUAGUUGACGACCAGCUGAAUGUAUUGCCUAUUUCCUCUCACAAUCUAAGAAUAGAACCUAUGCAUAAGCCGACUGUUUCGGAAGAACAGUCAAACUUGAAUGCUUUAAAGGAGAGUUUGCAAGAUACUCAGCCUGUAUCUGCAUUAAUAAAUUGCUGCAAAACAGUCGAUCAGGCAAAAGCGGUCCUUAAAUUUAUCGAGUGUAUCUCCGAGAAAACUUUGAGAUCUACCGUAUCGUUGACCGCAGCCAGAGGACGCGGAAAAUCCGCUGCGUUGGGACUCGCCAUCGCUGGAGCUGUUACCUUUGGAUACUCCAACAUAUACAUCUCGAGUCCCAGUCCGGAAAACUUGAACACUCUUUUUGAAUUUGUCUUCAAGGGAUUUGACGCGCUUGGAUACCAGGAACAUCUUGAUUAUGGUUUAGUGCAGUCCACGAAUCCAGAGUUCAACAAAGCCACUGUACGCGUAAAUGUGUUCCGAGAUCAUCGCCAAACAAUUCAGUAUAUACAUCCAACAGACACCCACAAGUUAAAUCAAGCAGAGUUGCUUGUGAUCGAUGAAGCAGCAGCAAUUCCAUUGCCCUAUGUCAAAGCGAUGCUUGGACCUUACCUAAUAUUUCUCGCAUCAACUAUAAAUGGAUAUGAAGGCACAGGUCGGUCUUUGUCGCUCAAAUUGCUGCAGCAAUUGAGGACGCAGACUGUUGGGUCAAAUAGCCACGAUGGGAAAAACGAAAAAGAGCAAAACGAGAAAACUCUUAUCGGGAGGCAGUUGCACGAACUCACUCUCGAAGAAUCGAUACGUUAUAAGCCGGGCGAUUCUGUGGAACAAUGGUUGUGCGACUUAUUAUGCCUGAAUGUUACAACAUACGCACCCAUCCUAUCUGGAUGUCCUCCUCCUGAUACGUGCCAGUUGUACUAUAUUAAUAGAGAUACAUUGUUCUCUUAUCACAAGGCUUCUGAGUUGUUUCUGCAGAGAUUGGUCUCUCUAUAUGUUGCAUCGCAUUAUAAAAAUACCCCUAAUGAUUUGCAAAUGAUGUCUGACGCACCUGCGCAUCAUCUGUUCUGUCUCUUAGGACCUGUAGAUGCCAAUAAAAAGACUUUACCCGAGAUAUUAGUAGUUCUUCAAAUUUGCUUAGAAGGCCAAGUUAGCAAAACCAGCAUAAAUGAUGGUCUAUCACGAGGUCGUAGGGCAGCGGGCGAUCUAAUACCAUGGACGAUCGCUCAACAAUAUCAAGACGAGGAUUUUCCAGUAUUGUCUGGCGCGCGCAUUGUUAGGAUUGCCACGCAUCCAGAUUAUCAAGGGAUGGGAUAUGGUAGCCGCGCAUUGCAGCUAUUGAAGCAAUACUACGAGAUGAAAAUACCCAAUAUCAAUGAAAGCGUUACACAAGAGCCAAUGACGGAAAUAAAAAAUGUUUCCGAUGAAGCGGUCGGUUUAUUAGAAGAAACUAUCGAACCUCGCAGUUCGCUGCCACCGCUUCUAUUGAAAUUGAGUGAAAGACAUCCAGAACAUCUGGAUUACAUUGGAGUGUCUUUCGGGGUUACCGAGCAUCUACUGAAAUUCUGGAAGCGGACCAAUUUCGUACCUGUAUAUUUAAGACAAACAGCAAACGACAUAACAGGGGAACAUUCUUGUAUAAUGCUUUGUAAAAUUAAUGCGGAACAAGAUAACGAUAAAUGGCUACAGGCUUAUUGGAGCGAUUUUCGCCGGCGAUUCACAAGUCUGCUCUCCUAUUCGUUCAAUACUUACGCAGCGUCACUUGCAUUGAGCAUAUUAAUUAACAGAACAAUAUCCUUAGAAUCUAUCACGUUGAGUAAAGAAACAUUGGACGUUUAUUUUACAUCGUACGAUCUGAAACGUUUACAAAUGUACAGUAACAACAUGGCAGAUUAUCAUUUGAUUAUGGAUUUGGUGCCAUCAUUAGCACGCCUACAUUUCUUAAAUAUGAUGGGAGACACUCAUUUCUCGCCAGCGCAGUCGGCAAUUCUACUUGGUUUGGGCUUGCAACAUAAAACUGUCGACAAAUUGGCAGAAGAAUUGAAGCUGCCGUCUUCGCAGUUGCUCGGCUUAUUCAAUCGUAUAAUACGUAAAUCCAUCCAAUAUUUCAACAGAGUCGCGGAAAAAUACGUCGAGAGCACUAUGUUGACUAAAGACUCGGUUAACGAAGAAGUAAAAUUAGAUCCUCUAGGUGGACAAAGUUUACACGAGGAAUUGGAAAGCGCAGCUAAGGAAUUAAAAAUUAAACAAAAGGCAGAAUUAGAAAAACUGAAGAAAGAAAAUUUGGAGCAGUACGCUAUCAAGGGAUCGGAAGCGGAAUGGACUAGUGCGCUAUCCGCCAAGCAAAGUAAAAAACUUAUCUCUAUAAAGACCGGCGAAAAGAGAGCGUCAGGAGCAGACGAUAGCAUACAAGAAUCUGAGAAAAAACACACGAAGAAGAAAAAAAAGAAACAUACAUAACUUAUGUAUAGUACGAAAUAAAUAAAUGAUCGACAGGUUUAUAAAUA